CUCUCGGACAUCGGGCGAGAGCGGGCGGCCGGCCGCGCACCUGCCUCGCACCGCUUCGCACGCGCGACGUGCUCGAUCGCGAGACGCUACUUCGAUACAUCGUAAACACGAGACAACUGUUACAAUUUCUAAAUUAUUUUAUUUCUGUUUUAUUUUUGCUGAAAAAUUAUUUGGAGGAUAAAGCUAAAUUAUCACCGGAACAAUAUAAAUAAAAUUUAAUAAAUCGGACAGUGACUGAAAAUUUUGUUUGUUCGGACUGAAAAGUGAAGAAGUUUAAACAGAUGCUAUUUAAUGAAGUGUGACCAAAUGAAUCGUUUGCCGAAUCGCAGGAUCGCCACUAGGUGUGGGUAGAUUAGAUAGGGCACUGAGACGUUCAUUCAAGUGUUGAUAAGGCCCUCUUUAUGACCAGUCGAUUUUGGCGAGCAAACAUUCGGCUGACGUGUGAACUGAAUCACCACAACAUGAAAAGGAAAAAGUAAGAUAAGAAUUGCUUGGAUUUUGAUUCGAGAACGAUGAAGAAAUUAAGAAGAUGACUAAAAGUUGUAUUCAUGUUUACCGUCGGACAUUCAAGGGGGGAUUUGUGAUAACACGACCUCCGUUAUCAAUAUCGUUUUAGAAAUAGGACGAUAAGCCGCUGGACCGACGGCGGCCUGUGUGAAGUGAGCUAAAGAACUGUCAUAAGAUAGCAAAUAUUUUAAGAUAAAACAUUCCGAGGAUAAAGAAGUUGUUGAAGAUCUAAAAAUAGGUGACCAAAUCAAGAUGAGAAUCAAGAUGCCAGCUGUACGCAUCGCGCAAGCGGAUGCGGACAGCGCGGCUGAAGGUGGCGGAUCCCCGGUGCCCGGGGUUCCCGCAGACACCCUGACCUGCGGGGCCUGUCGCCGGGCCUUCGCCCUGGCUGACAUCGUGCGCUUCAUCCAGCAUAAAGUCUCCUCCUGCGAUAAGGAUCUCACGUCUUAUCAUUGCUAUAGUGCAGGACCCAAUUCGGACCAUGAAGAUGGUUCAAGGCCAGGCCAGGUUUCGAGUGGUAGCACCAGUGCGCGAAGGCCGUCACUCCUCACAGCCAGGAGGCCUCCCAGCAGCAGAGUGCAUACCCCUCCCCUUGCCAGCCCCUCCAUAGCCCCUCCUGAUCUAUUGGAAGAUGGAGGCGCUUCAAGCACACCUAAGAGGCUAUUAGAUGGUGACGCGGAAGCAUCAACGCCUAAAAGGCGAGCGUCUACGUCACCGAUGCCAUCAAGUUCUCCCGAUGAGGACAUUAAACCCAAGAUCAAACAAGAACAUAUGGAUACCUCAGGGUCACCUGAGGACCAAAAGAAAUCGAGAACCGAAGUUGCUGAUGCCGAAUCCAAUACUAUGCAUAGUGAACCCAGCAACUAUGUGUGCUCAACCUGCAAAGCGCGCGUUCACUCCGCGUGGAGGCUCCUCCAACAUGUGCAACACGUGCAUGGUGUUAAGAUCUACGUUGAAGCUAUGCCUCAGCCACAACCUAACAAGCAGAACCACUCGACGUCAAGUACUUCUUCGUCGAGCUCGGGCUGCUCCUCCACUGGCGCGCCUCUCCCACCGCCUAGCUUGCGCCACCACCCGUUACUGCCACCUCCUGACAUGCACUCGCCGUUCGGAGUCAGUGGUUUACUAAGGAUGCCAUUGCCUGGUAGCCUACCACCGCUGGCUCAUCCUUCGGUCCCUCCGACGCCUUUGUUCGCGCGGCCGAACCAUCACGAUCAUCGUUUUAGAAUGGAACAGCUCGUCUCAGAGCAGUUCCGUCACCACGGUCUCAACCUAGCAGCCGCGGCUGCUGCUGUGGCGGCAAACUCCCUGCCUCCACACCAGGCAUUUCCAUCACCGGCAGACCGACCACCGGUCGUACCUACGUCGGUAUCGGGCCGGGACAGGGCCCCACCAGUAUCUCAACCCCUUUCACUAGAACCCCAGCUGGAUUUUUACUCGCAGCGCUUGCGGCAACUGGCCGGUACGACCAGUCCAGGGGCGGCCACAGGCAAUUCCAGCUCUCCUAGCCCCAGGAAGCAUUCGCCUCCGUUCGCUUCCCCGUCGCCCUCCAGAGUCGGACAGACUCCUCCGGUGGGCGCCGGACCUGGGACGGUGGACGCGCCUCGCGAAGCAACGAGGCCGCACAGUUCGACUUCACCCGAACGUCGAAUUGAAACGCUGACGGCAGAUGCCCCGCCAACGGAGCGCCCGACAUCAACACCACCUGCAAAGCGUAACAACGACGAAGCAAUCCAUUCCUGUGAAUUCUGUGGAAAGAAAUUCCGAUUUGAAAAUAACUUAAUCGUCCAUCGUCGCUCACACACAGGUGAGAAACCUUUUAAAUGUACAGAAUGUGACGAAGCGUUUGAGAAAGCCUCGAAACUAAAACGACACAUGAAAGUACAUAGAGCGCCUGAUGCAAAUACAGAAGAUGGCGAGUCUGGUGGUGAUACUGGUGAAGACGAUUCAGAUGAUGAAUUGGAGGAUGAGGAGUUGGACGGGGAGGAAGAGGAAGAAAACGAAGAUGGUGAUGAUGUAGAGGAGGCAGAAGACUUAACUGUCUCCAAUAGUAGUGCUCCUUCUGCACCUACGAGAAAACAAACGCCUGUUAUGCAAAACAACCCGCCAAGCGCCUCAGUUGUCGGCGAAUUAAUGGACAAAUUCGGUUUAUCUAACAUUGCUCAAUACAGUGAAGCUUUCAAACAAGCUUUGCAAGAGUCAGGGAAUUCUCUCAAGUGGCAAUUAGCUAAAGAUAGAGACAAUAACAAUGGCCCUCCUAGUGACAAACCAAACGGCAUGCCACCAACUGCCGCAUUACGUUUAAAAGAGGAGUUCGCUAAAAUGCCACCUCAACCCCAUCCUCUAUUCAACCCUUUUGAGAAUCCAUUUGAAGCGUCAAAACGUAUAAAGCUCGACAUGGACCGAGGGGAGGGAUGGUGGUUACCCACCUUACAUGCUCAACGGCCGCCAGAGAAUAUAUUUGACGGCCUCAAAAAUAGCGGCAAUGGCUUGCUACAGAACCCUUUACUAAAAUCGAAAGAGGGACGACGGAAUGACACCUGCGAAUUCUGCGGGAAGGUCUUCAAGAACUGCUCAAACUUAACGGUCCACCGGCGGUCGCAUACCGGGGAGAAACCGUACAAAUGUGAACUGUGCUCAUACGCGUGCGCCCAGAGCUCCAAGCUGACAAGGCACAUGAAGACUCACGGACGACUGGGCAAGGACGUUUACCGCUGCCGGUUCUGCGAAAUGCCCUUCUCCGUGCCGUCGACGCUCGAAAAGCAUAUGCGAAAGUGUGUUGUGAAUCAAAGUAAUGGUGCUCCUUUAGCUCUAUCCGAUGACUCUAACGCGUGCCGUGAUGAGGCGUCGUGACUCUACCCGUGGGGUGGGCUCCGCCUGCCGCCGCCCGCGCCGCCCAGCCAGAUCUUCUAAGAUCUGCUCCGGUCACGUGUUCCGUCGCGUUACUCCAGGAAGUACGCAAGAUACGAACGUUCGCGUAGACCGGACUCAGGCCGAGUUAUGUUCAAUUUCUAGUCUUAAGGAUUGAAUAUUGACAAAAUUGUUGUUUAUACGCACGCAAUAUGAGCCCAAAAGUUUGCACCGAAGGGCAUUAAUUUAGUUACUGUAAUCGUAAGUGACAUAUCUUCUUCGUACUGAACAAUGUUGAUACCAGUUGCAUUGUUAAUGUUAUUUUUUCAUUUUGUUCGUUCGGAGGCUGUAAGUAUGUCUGCAGUUUUAUGUUACGUACUUUCGAUCUUGUUUUGACAUGUUUUUUUAUUCAUAGAAAAAAUGUGGAAACCAAUGCCAAAGUUAGCUAUGUUGAUUUAAAUAUACUUACUAUUUAGUUUAUAAGAUGUAUAGUGUCAAUUAAAUUAGAAUUCUUUCCAGUAUUUUCUAGGAUCUUCAUAGUUUGAUGUAGUAUGUGUUUGACGAGUAAGUUGUUUCGUAAUUUUAGUAUAUCGUGUACAAUAAUAAGCGAAAUGUUUCCUAUCCUAGAUAAACAAACUUGUGUACAUAUUUGAUGUAAGUUUAUUUGUGUAAAUCGAGUACCUACCUAUUGAUGUUCAUAUUUAUAGACGAUAUUUCAAGGAUUAUAACAAAAUUCGAAUGAGAAAAACGGUGAGUUUCCUGUAAUCGAUAAUUUAUUUAAGCAUUGUAGAAAGCGAAAUUGGAAUCGAUUAAUGGUAGGCGUUAUUCGUAUCGAGGUACUUGUAUGUUUAAUUAGCGAUUAAAUUAUUAAAUUUAAAUUAUCACUGUGAGAUCGAUAUUCGUUCAUGUGCUAUUAUUUCUUGUGGAAGCUAGUUAUUUUAUUAAGACUGAACACAAUAUUCCAGUUUUGUUUUUUUUAUAUAAAUAAUUUUCUUCGUGAAUUUCAUUCGUACCUAAAUUAGUCCAAGCGUGAAAUCUUUCAGUAUACGUACUUAAUGUAAAUUAUAAUAGAAUUUAUAUUAGAUAAUUGUAAGUAAAUUAUAAUAGAAACAUUUUGUCGUCCAUAACUGUCUCCUCACUAUUAGGCCUUCUUCAGACGGUGUUAGUACAAAGGACAGUAUUCUUUAGUGAUAGUUUACUAACGCUGUGUGAACAACGCCUAAUUUCGUACACAUUUCCAAUUUGUAUUUUGAAAAUAUUUUUUUAGGCAAUCAUUUACGAAAAUUGUAAUGGUUGUUUAAUAAAAAUAUUUUGUGAAUCAUACUUGGGAUGUUUGAAAUCAUUUAAAUGAUUCACGGAACCCACCCGAAUAUAUUAAAAUUGUACAGUCGAACCAAGAUAUAAAUGUUAUUACUUUUUAAUUUCGUUGUAUGGUUGGUAAAAAUAGAUAAUGUUAGAUUGUAAAAUGAGAAAAAAACCAUUUCCCAUUUUCUAUUAAUAACACAUUUUUUUGAAAAGGACGGGACGACGAAUGGAGACAAAAUAGAGAAAAAAAAACUAAAACAAAUUUUAUUGUGUAACUACGUGAAAGAUGAACUGUUUUUAUUAUUUUUCAUUUUUAUUAUUUUUAUUUUCAAUAAAUAUCCACGAUUUGUUAAUCA